AGUAUAAAGAAAGAUGCAGAGCCGGAGCUGCCUAACUCAGAAGCUGGUCAUUCUCAGGAGAGAAGGAAACGAGAGCGCGAAAGGGAGAAGAAAGAUCGGCUGAAGUGCCGCAAGGAAAGAGGCAAGGAUGGCACAGCGCUCGGAAGGGAUGUCUCGGGACCUGUCCGAAGCCCUGAAGGAAAGCACCAAAGAGGUGCAUGCGGAGGCAGAGAGCACAGAGUUCAUGAUGAGCUUCCAGAAAGGGAACGUGUCGCUUCAUGAAUUUAAGCUUUACUUGGCAUCUCUGUACUACAUCUAUUUGGCUUUGGAGGAGGAAUCUGAGCGGAAUAAGGACAAUUCAGUCUAUGCCCCCGUUUAUUUCCCAGCUGAGCUGAAUCGCACGACUGCUUUGGAGGAAGACUUGGAGUAUUUCUAUGGCCCCACAUGGAGGAAAGAGAUCCAGUGCCAUGAGGCAACUCAGAAGUAUGUGGACAGGAUUCACCAUGUGGGCCAGUAUGAACCUGAGCUUUUGGUGGCCCACGCUUACACCCGAUACCUAGGAGAUUUGUCUGGGGGGCAGAUUCUGAAGAAGGUUGCCCAGAAGUCUCUCCAUUUGCCCAGUACUGGAGAAGGACUAUCUUUCUUCAAUUUCCCUGGGGUCACCAACAUCAGCAAGUUCAAGCAGCUUUAUCGGGCCCGGAUGAACAGUCUACCCAUGGACUCUGCAACUGAGGAGAGAAUCCUGCAAGAGGCCAAGACAUCUUUUCUGCUGAACAUAGAGGUGUUCAAGGAGCUGCAGAGGUUGGUGAGUCAAGGACGACUCUUGGAGAAUGGCCACCUUGACCAACACGAGCCAGAGCUUCACGCAAGAGCAGUCAACAGAACACACAGUCCAAAGAAAACUGACCGGGCACAGAUGAAGCAUAACAACAUGCUGCCCAGCACACCACUCCUGCGUUGGACUCUUGCCCUUUUAUUCUUAGCAACCACAAUUGCUGUGGGCUUGUACACCAUGUGACCAGAAGGGACCUUAAGCUUCUUUUGCCAGCACCUGCCUAUUCCUAAACUAGCAGGUCUUUCCCUAAUGAAGGAAGACCUGCACAGACUCUGCGACCUGAUCUGAUCUUCAUGUUCUGACAUUACUAACAACAUAAACAAAAUGAAUGGUUGAAAAAUUAACAUUUGCACAAAGAUCCACAAAAAGGAAAAAGCCACAAAAAGAAAAGACUGAUAACUUGCCACCUGGGAUGCCUGAAGAAUAAAUGUUGCUGCUGGUGCUUUGUACAGUGUUUAUAUUGUCCAGCUGUCUAAUGUUAAUGUUGCUUGCUUCUCCAUAUACUGUAACUGUUACAUUUCUUAAACAAUGAUUUUAUGUAAGAUGUUUCUAUUUUUGAAAUAUUUUUGUCCCUCUGCAACAAACUUUAGAAAACAAUGAAAGAGAUCCUCUUGUAUUUUCAAUUUGCUUUUAUAAAUUAUAUGCACGACUAUUAA